UAAACCCAGGCGAGACUGAUCGAGACGCCAAACAAUCACGCUAUUUACAAACACUUUAUCCCGUCUGGUGUAGUUUCCACGGCUUGGGUUGUACAUCGUAGCGAACUCAUCUUAUAAAUUCCAAUUACAGUGAAAGCCGGCAAGGAAAGUUGAUAAAUCAUGGGCAGGUGUGAGGGCAAACGUUUGCGUUCUUGCUGCCGUGAAUUCUUGCACUUUAUUCGCAGAAGACUGCUUCUCCACCUCCUUAUUUCGGGAGUAAUCAUAAGCUUCACUGCCGGUUCUUGGGCAAGAAAGAGCGUGAUGGAAAUCGAAGACCCAGAAAAGAAAGCUACUACCAUCAUGUUGAUUAGAUUUCCGGGUGAGCUCUUCAUGAACAUGCUGAAGUUGCUGAUCUUGCCGCUGAUUGUUACAAGUUUGAUCACCGCCUUGGCCACGCUGGACUCCAAAGCCAUGGGACGAAUCGGUCGUCGAACUGUACUUUACUACAUGGGAACUAUGCUGAUCGCUGUGCUUCUUGGAAUCGUCUUGGUCCUUUCUGUACGCCCGGGAGAACGCAGCAAACCUAGUGGAACCCACGAAAUUCUCUGGAGACCUUAUCGUGGUCUCGAUUCGCUUCUCGAUCUUUUGAGGAGCUGCUUUCCAGUGAACCUUGUGGAGGCAACUUUCAUACAGAAACGUACCAAAUACAAGACUGUCGACCCCGUUGUUAAAGAAUACAACGAGACAAUUAGGAACGGGACUCACAAUUAUACAGUUCUGAAGGAAGAGGAACUAGCUCCGGGAUCAUCGAUGGUUCCCGCGGGACUCGAAAUUGCUUCCCGAAAUAUGAACGUCCUUGGGUUGGUUGUGUUUUCCAUUGUGUUUGGUAUCGUGUUGGGGCGCGUUGGAAAACGUGGAUUGCCCAUGAAAGCCUUCAUUGAGUCGCUGAACGAAAUCAUCAUGAAAAUGGUAUCAUUAGUCAUGUGGCUCUCUCCGAUUGGAACCUGUAGUUUGAUAGCUGCUAACUAUGUCGGCAUGCAUGAUAGUCAGUAUGCAUUGAAAAUGCUGGGGUAUAUUAUGGUUACCGCCAUAGCCGGUCUUCUCUGCCACGGCUUUAUUAUUUUGCCGCUGGUUUAUUUGAUCUUCACGAGGAAAAACCCGAUUAUUUACAUCAAAAAUAUGUUGGAUGCCGUAUUAACAGCGUACGGUACAGAUUCCAGCGCUGCCACUUUGCCAACGACCAUGAGAUGUGUGGAGCAGAACAAUCACGUAGACAAACGUAUCAGUCGCUUCGUUCUACCGUUGGGUGCCACAGUUAAUAUGGACGGAACCGUGUUGUACGAAGGCGUUUGUGUUCUCUGCAUCGCGCAGCUUCACGGAAUCAGCCUUGGGGCAGGACAAGUUAUUACUAUUUUAUUGACAUCUAUGACUGCGGCGGCAAAUCCGUCUGCAGGCCUGGUUACCAUGCUGAUUGUGUUACAGUCUGCUAAUCUCCCCACCAGUGAUGUUACUCUUCUUUGGGCAGUGGACUGGUUCAUGGAUCGAAUCCGUACUGUUGUAAAUGUUCUUGGGGAUGCAAUCGGCGCUGGUAUAGUUGGACACCUGUCACGUGAUGAACUGAAGAACGCUGACCAAGCAGGCAUGGAAGAAGGUGGACAGGGAGAUAGAUGUACAGUCUGAAGGACGUCGCUUUGUUAAAAAAGACCCAGAUCAGAACUUCUCACCAGGAAUGACCAGCUUUGAGAGGUCCUCAGAGGAGUUAAUCAAGAAUCUGAAAGGAGACAAUGACAAAGAGGACCUUGGGAAAGACACAUCUCACGAUUCAGAGCGACAACCAGAAUCCACAGGGUGAACCAACAUGUGGCAGGACUCGUCUGGGCAUGGAUCUGCCCACUUCUAUGAGGAAAAAGUCAAUUUGACUGAAUACUACAAUGACGGCAAAAAACAAACAAUGGAAUAUGUAAUAAAAGCCAUUAAGUCGUUCACUCCUCGCAAUAAAACUCGAUCAGCUCACCUGUUGUCCAGUAACAGUCUAUCAGUUAUUGCCCUUGCAAGGCCGUAGUAUAACCAACCGGGCACCAUAAAACACUCAGCACAAGUAUAACCAGGUAAUUGUCUUAAGCAAACCAGCGAAUCAAACAAAAUAAGUCCAUGAUUCAAGACUGCAAUUAACCCGACAGAUUCAGAAUCCAUUCAUCGCAUGAUGAGAGAUGAUCGACAGACUGCCUGGCGCAAUCUCUAGACGCACUUAAACAAUAAGAUCGUUUAAUUAUGUGUACACUAAAACAGUGCCUAACGUUGAAGGCGCGCUCUGAUUCGCUAUUCACCGAGCA